AUGCAACCAUCCUUAAAACGAAAGAUUAUUGAUGCUCAACGAGGUGAUCCUUACCUUGUUGAGAAAUUUUGCAAGGUGGAGUCAAGACAGGGUGAUGAGUUCUCAAUGUCCGUAGAUAAUGGUCUUCUCUGUUUGGCAGGAAAAUGGAAGCUAAGUCCUCAUGUCAUUGGGCCAUUUGAGAUCUUAGAGCGAAGUGACCUUGUGGCUUAUAGGUUAGCUUUACCUCCGUUUCUCUCUACAGUUCAUAACGAUUUUCAUGUUUCCAUAUUGAGGAAGUAUGUGGCAGAUCCAUCUCAUGUAGUGGACUAUGAGCCUUUACAGUUGAUUGAGAACUUGAGUUAUGAGGAGAAGCCUGCCCGAAUUCUCACAAGAGAAGUGGAGAUCUUAUGCAACAGAGAAAUAAUAUUAGUGAAAGUGUUAUGGCAGAAUCAUUAG